AUGACAGAAGAAAAAGACUUGAUUAUAGAUGAAGGAGAUCUUGAGACAUUCCUGAAGCCAUCAAAAGCAGGUAACGAUGACGAUGGCUCGAUGGAUGCUGCUCUAGGCGAUCGACAAUCACAAGCGCAUGGAUUUGGAGAUUCUUUCAGUUCUAUCAAGGAUCUUCUGUCAGUGGGUUCCAUUCAAGAGGACCUCCUUUUAGAAGAUGAUGAAAAUGCAACUUUCACAAAAAAUGAAACGUCAGACAACGAUCCAGCUAAUGUACAAGCUUUGAUCGACAGUUAUUUUGCUAAACUGGAGAAUAAACGUGAUUCAACUGGCGCUGAUGCAGCCGAGGCCGCUGCGGCUGCAGCAGCUGCCGUUUCAGAAGAAGAUGUUAAAGAAAUUGAGGACCUCAAUCAAGUAGAAUCCUACUUCGACCGAAUUGACAGUCGAAACAAGUUGAGUGGCAGCGGACAAAGAAAAGUGAGAAGUCGACGAAAGAAGAAAUCAGGAAACAGCGAUGAUUUGAUGGAAAAAUUCCUCGCAAUGCAGGUAGAGAAGAAGAGUAGCACGAGAUCAAUGAAAAAAUCGGGCAGCUCCAACCAAGCCUUUGGUCUUUCUAAAGAGUAG